CAACGUUCUACGUGGUGACAGUUGGAACGCAACGUCGACACGUACGCGCUAAAUUGUCCAGUGCUGAGGUGUAAAUGGUUUUUAGGCUCCGCCCCUCUGGGUUUGUCAGCAGAACACUAGGUAAGAGGUCUACAAUGCUUGAUUGCUGGUUAGUAAGUAAGGAAAAUGCACGCUGCCGAAUCAAACUGCCCCAUGCGCAGCCAGUAUUUAUUGGGCGAGGGCCGGAGACACAAAUAGUGGACAAGAAAUGUUCCCGCCAGCAAGUGCAAUUGAUAUCAGAUUGCAACAAAGGUUACGUGAAAGUCAGACAGAUAGGAACAAACCCAAGCAGUGUUGAUUCGGUGGACAUCGGCAAAGAUCAUGAAGCUAAGUUGAAGCCCGGCCAUGUACUAUAUAUUGUGAAUAAAUUGUAUCCUUACUCAGUAGAGUUUAUUCAGGAACCAGGAACCUCCAGAGCAGAAGAGGCCCCAGAAACCAUAAAACGUGUAGACAAAAGAUCCCACGAGGAUCCGCAAAAUGAUCACUUGGAAAUGUCUAGAAAAUGUCCAAAAUCGCAAAGUGAUUCAAUGGAAAGCAGCAAGAGAAAGGAAAAGCCACAGUGUAUUCCUGAGGUUAAAGGCCAAGGACACUGGAGUCAAGGAUUAAAGGUUUCUAUGCAGGAUCCAGAUAUGCAGGUUUUCAAAGAUGAUAAGGUUGUGGUAAUUAAGGACAAAUACCCCAAAGCGCGUUACCACUGGCUAGUCUUACCAUGGCAAUCUAUCUCUAGCCUAAAGAUGCUUCAGCCUGAGCAUCUAGAGCUAUUACAGCACAUGCAUGAGGUCGGGGAGAAGAUUGCCCAGCAGCAUUCAGCGCACAGCAAGGCACCAUUUAGGCUAGGCUACCAUGUUAUUCCAAGCAUGAGCCAUAUUCACUUGCAUGUCAUCAGUCAAGAUUUUGAUUCUCCCUGCCUUAAAAAUAAGAAACACUGGAACUCAUUUACCACCGAUUAUUUUUUGGAUUCUAAAGAUGUUAUGGACAUGAUAAAGUUAAAGGGAAAAGUGGCCGUGAAAGAUGGAGCGUCGGAGCUUCUGAAGACUUCCCUCCAAUGUAAUGUGUGCAAAAUACAGCAAGCCACCAUCCCUCAGUUAAAGGAACAUUUAAAGAAACACUGGACCUAAUACAGGACUGAAUAACUACCAGUGCUGGGACCUAGAUUUUGGAAAUACAAUGUCAGCAGAUCACAUGCCUAUCUUCUCUGGCUCAUACUGACUCCUGGAUUUAAAAGACUGGUUCACCAUUUAUAAAUCACCUGUAAACUUGAUGUACUGUUACCACAGGUUGUUACCCAGGCAAAGCUUUGUUGUUUAGAAUAUUAUUUCUUUAUUUUAGUUAAUCAUGCCUUUUUAAGGCUACUUUCACAUCUGCGCUUUCCCUUUCCACUAUUGAGAUCUGUCAUAGGAUCUUAAUAGUGGCUGAAAACGCUUCAGUUUUGUCCCCAUUCAUUGUCAAUGGGAACAAAACUGAACUGAAUAAAAAUGAGUGUACCAGAAUGCAUUAGUUGUUUGUUGCGUUUUUCUGUCCUGGAUGUGGUGCAGAGCAAGACGGAUCCGUCAUGACUCACAAUGUAAGUCAAAGGUGUCGGAUCUGUUUUCUCGGAUACAAAAGAAAACGGAUCCGUCUCCCAUUGACUUUGUGGUUUUAGAGACUGAUCCGUCUUGGCUAUGUUAAAGAUAAUACAACCGGAUCCGUUCAGAACAGAUGCAGACGGUUGUGUUAUUAUGACAAAAUCGUUUUUGCUGACCCACGACGGAUCCAGCAAAAAAAACGCUGGUGUGAAAGUAGCCUUGGAUUGUUAUGGCCAGCUAAUAGCUAAAGACUGACAUUGACACAGUUCCAGUCGCCACAACAAAGAACAAGACCUGCAACAAUUUCAUCUAAAACUUCCACAGCUUACAUGCUUCGAGCUUUACCAUCUAUAAAAGCUCCAAACGCGUAAGCAAGUAUCCUGUUUGUGCUUUUAAUUACAUUAACGUACAUAGUGUUGUGAGUUUUCUCUGAAAUUGUGAAACUACAUGUCCCAGCAUUCCAGGCCACUCAUCAAUCCAGGCUGAAACAUUCUGAGCUGUAGUUUCUGCAGGAGCUGGCUGUGGGUGACUGCCAACAAUACACACAGGGUUAGAGGUUGUGAAUCUUUGCCUUCUAGCCUGACUCAGCUUGUAGGUGUUAAAGUGGUUAUGCCAUGAUUGAUGUAAAAACAAAAAUCAGACAUCACGUAGCACAUGACUGUCUCUUUCCAGCAAAUUCUCCCAUUCACUGCUCUCAUUGCUUGCCUUGAUUUUAUUUUAGACUAACCAUGCAGAUGGCAACUCUCUCCCUUUAACGGUCACAGCAUCUAACAAAUACAGCAGGUGGCAAUUAAAGGAUGGAGCCGAGCAUGGGUGACCAUUCUCAUCCAGCUCAGUAAAUGGGCGUGCGUUAUAAUACAGAUUAAAAACCACAACGGGAAUGUUUUGUUACAGAAAGUAAAUUACAGAUCUAACUAGUUUUUUUUAUGUUGAAAUUAAAUAAAAAUAACAAAUUAAACAA